CGGCGCGCACAAGUCGGCCGCGAGUUGCAGGCGGCCGUCGGCGGAGCGCUGGCUGUAACUUGACACCGGGGCGAGAGGCCGAGCGGAGAGAGGGAAGGAGAGCGGCGGCGGAGGAGGAGGAGAGGAGCCCCAGGGAGUGGGAUGGUGACCACCUCCUUUCCCUCCCCUUAGCGGCGCCCCGUAGCAGCAGCAGCAGCAGCAGCGGCCGCCGCCGCCGCAGGAGCGCCGGGGACUCUCGCCUGCCGCGGAGCCGGGGGCAGCCGGCGAUGGGGACGGGACGGAUCCCCUGAGCUCCCGGGAACUUUCCCCGCCGCGGGCAGCCGGAGCCGGGCAGGCCGAUGGAGGAUGCGCUUGCCCCGGCGGGCUGCGUGAGCCGGCGGCGGCGAAGGGGAGGAUGAAGAAGAAGCAGCAGCACGGCGGCGGGGAAUGCCCAGCGCCCCGGCCCCCCGCGGCGGCGGCGGCGGGAGGGGGCCCGGGCCAGGGCGGGGGCUUGAAGAGGCGGCGGCCCCUCUCGCUGCUGCCCUUCCUUUCGCUGCGCGAUUACGGCUUCUGCAUGGCCGCCCUGCUGCUCUUCUGUUUGGGCUCCCUCUUCUACCAGCUCAACGGGGGGCCCCCGCACUUUCUGCUGGACCUGCGGCACUAUCUGGGAAAUUCCACUUAUCUGGAUGACCAUGGACCACCGCCUCAAAAGGUACUUCCUUUCCCCAGUCAGGUGGUCUACAACAGAGUUGGAAAGUGCGGGAGUCGAACUGUGGUUUUGCUUUUGAGAAUUUUAUCAGAGAAACACGGAUUCAACCUCGUUACGUCUGACAUACAUAACAAAACAAGACUGACCAAAAAUGAACAGAUGGAAUUGAUUAAAAACAUAAGCACUGCUGAGCAGCCCUAUUUAUUCACUAGACAUGUUCAUUUCCUCAACUUUUCAAGGUUUGGAGGAGACCAGCCGGUGUACAUCAAUAUUAUUAGAGAUCCUGUCAACCGAUUUCUGUCCAAUUAUUUUUUUCGACGUUUUGGAGACUGGAGAGGAGAACAGAAUCACAUGAUCCGUACUCCCAGCAUGAGGCAGGAGGAAAGAUACCUGGACAUUAAUGUAUGUAUCCUUGAAAACUACCCUGAAUGUUCCAAUCCCAGGUUAUUUUACAUCAUACCAUAUUUCUGUGGACAGCAUCCAAGAUGCAGGGAGCCUGGUGAAUGGGCCCUUGAAAGAGCAAAGCUGAACGUUAAUGAAAAUUUUCUGCUUGUGGGCAUUCUGGAGGAGUUGGAGGAUGUGCUGCUUUUACUAGAAAGAUUCUUACCUCAUUAUUUCAAGGAUGUGCUUAGCAUCUACAAAAAUCCAGAACAUAGGAAACUUGGCAAUCUCACUGUGACAGUGAAAAAGACCGUCCCUUCUCCAGAAGCAAUACAGAUCCUCUACCAGCGCAUGAGAUACGAGUAUGAGUUUUAUUACUAUGUCAAAGAACAAUUCCACCUGCUAAAGCGCAAGUUUGGACUGAAGUCUCAUAUCAGGAAACCACGUCCCAGACCUGAGUUCUUCAUUCCUUCUCCUCUGGAAACAGAGGAGCCAAUAGAUGAUGAGGAAGAAGAUGAUGAAAAGUGGCUAGAGGAUAUCUAUAAAAGGUGAUGGAUGGAAAAGCUAUCCUUUCUCUUCUGGUGACCCCUCCAGCUUUCUUAAGAUUUUUUUUAAUUAUUAUUAAAAGUAAUUCCUUAAAGAACUGAGCUAAUGCGCAGCGGAUUUGAAAUGGAACAGAAGAGACCAUUCCCACAUGCUGGAGCCAUUGGGAGAUACCUGAUUUUGCAGGUUUGAUUCAUUAUACAAUGUUGGCUCUGUAGCAUCCUUGCAAUAGCAUAGUUCAAGUGAGAAGUACCUACCAUCUGUCACAAAAUAACUUUUGGAAUACACAGUAGUCCUUUGGGAACAUGUGAAAUACAGAAGAAUAGAUUAAGCAUUCUUGAAAAGUAAAUUUUACAGAUUCUCCUCUCUCUCUUUGACCAGAAAUAAGUCUUCAUGGCAUAACACUGUGGCAUGAGCYACCAGUAAGUGAACUACAGACAGUGAGCCAUUUGGGAAGAUUGCCUUUUUCUGUCCAAAGUACAUUGGUAUCCCAGUGCUAUAGUCCGAGCCAUUGCUUUGUCUGGGAACCCAAGGAUAACGGGCUCAGAAAGGGGCUAGGUAACGGCUCCUUGAAUUCCCCAUGCCGGAGGAGUGAGGCUGCUAUUCUGCCACAUCAACACUAGUGGGUAUAAGGCAAGUUACAGGAGCCAGAUAUUUUGGGUAAACCCUUCUAGUUCAUAGAGUGAGAAAAGGUACCAGGUCAAUGAAUGGCAACAACAAAUUAAAAGUGCCAAGCCUAGCUUUGUCUGAGCAGUUGAGUAUGUUUCUAUUAGAUUCUAAAGAAAAAGGUGUAAAAUAYGUGGUUUAUAUUCAAGAAUGGUAUUUUUAGAUUUUUAUUGGUUUUUUGGGUCACAAAUCCAAAAAGAUACAGAAAAAGCUACUGAUUAAAAAACUUAGAUGAUCUGGAACUCCUACUAAGCAUGACCUGUAUUUCUGCAACUGCAGAAUUUAGUUGUUCACAUCUGAAGCUGAACAUAGCUUCCCCACCAGCACAAACAUGAGACUCUUGCUUUUAGCAUGGCUGGAAGGAAAAUUAACAGAAUGAACAUAGAUAGCUUCUCUAGUUGAAAUAAUUCAGAAUCAUAAAACAAAUACAAGACAAUGUGCUCCCUGAAACCAAAGCUGACUCAGUGAUAGGCUGUUAGGAGAGUCACUGUGGAAGUUGCCCCUGUUAAUCACUACACAUAUUAUCUGCCAACACUAGAAAGGGCAUCAGUGGGAUCUGAGAAGGCAAAGAAACAGCACCAAUAUGUGAUGUCCUGUUGUUAAGAUGGGUGUACCUGGGGUGGGGUUCCCUGUGUGUGCUUACUGGCUGUUCAGCAGCCUGCCAGCACUGGUGGUGCAUGAGUGACAGCCCUGGGCAAAGUUCUUUGGCCUUCUGCUACAUAGCAAAAUAAGGGGGAGUUUUGGGGGUCUUGAUGCGGCCUUGGCCUCUUGUGCACCAUUGUUGCUAGAGAAGGCUGGACUAAUAGAAAAUAAUAGCAAUAAAUUCCUGUCCCUAGAGCACAGGAAGGAAGCAGGGACAAGAUAUUGCAGCUGCUUGCCAGGAUAUCCACCUGUGUCUCUCUCACAUCCUUUCUCAAAUAUGUACCAGAAAAUUUUCAAUUCCUAUUCCAGAGCUGCCAUUUGCAAGGUCACACUUCAGUUUGCUGUAACAAGCAUAAGUUAUUUUGUGAUGGAUAAAGUAUAUAAAUUCAGGAUCACCUCAAAUGGGCUUUCCAAGGAUUUUCUCUUCCUUGAGCCUGCUGARAGCCAAUAAACAUUAUGGUCCAUCUUCUUCACCACUCAGUCUUUACCUAUCCACAGAGAAUGAAAAUAAAGAAGUGUUAAGACAAGAUGCUAACUUGCAGAAAAUACCAGGGAGAAGAUUCUGUUCUCAUUAUUAACAUCCCAGGUUGGUGGUAGCAAUGCACUACUGUGGGGGAGCACAUUAAAGCAAGCUGAAAAUGGCACAGAUAGUAACUAACAUAUUAGCUAAAAUAUGAAUCUGCUGCAUUGUAUAUUUUAAGUGGUUUCUAUGAAAUUACAUUGAAAGAGUAAUGAUUAGUUUACACACUGUGGAGUUGUUAUAUUUUGGAAAGAAAACUAGUAUUCUCAUGUUUCUGAAAUUCUGUUUGAAUCCUUUUUCUGCCAACAUUUUAACAGAAUAUAGUCAUUUAACACAUUCACCCUUCCUGCAAAUUCACUGCCUCUUACAGUAAAGUCUGUUUCUGUCUGUUUAAUGGUAUCUUCAGCCAUCACUACUUAUAAUCUAAAUACAAAAGCUGCUUAAUGAUUUACUCGCUAGGUUUUAAUAUUGUUGUAUUUUUGUAACAAUCAACCUGGCCUUUCCUCCUCAAAUGGUAAUUUUGAAAUUUAUUUGGUACAUGCCAUCUAAUAUUCCUGGUCCUAUGGCCUGUUUCUCUGUCAUUAAAUAUAUUUUGCUUAACUGUUCAAAGGUACAUUUUAAGCUGGUAAUCUUUGACUUAUUUAUUGAAACUUUUCAGCACAUUCCAAAUUCUGAGUUGCUCAGGAAGAAGUUGAUUUAAAUAAUUAUAUUUGGGUCUGAUGAAUAUCUCUUAUUUAAAAAAAAAAAAUCAUUGUUUGUAAUCCUUUAGCCCACGAUAGCUUUAUAGGAAGUGCCAUGCAUGUACUUACAGAUCUUUGUGGGGGGAAAAAGGUGGUUGUUCAACACUUUCAAAAAUAAGAGAAUAUACGUGUACAUUAGCUUAGCUAAAAAUGAAAGCAACGCGUUUUGGAAUGAAAUCUUCUUUAACUUAUUCACUGCUAUCUCCUGCAAUAUCAAUAAGCCAUAUGACUACUUUCCAGUCCAGCAACGUUUAAAAAUAAAACUUGCACAUUUCUUCCUGGCACCAUAGUCCUCUUGCUUACACUAGUUUUCCUGCCUGGAUGCAGUGGCUGUGGGUAGGAUGYUGGAGCUGCACCCAGCAGAACAGGGUUGGAUAUAGUGUAGAGCAUCCACUUUUGGAAGUCAUGCUCAAGCAGUGAGACUGGAGCUGGUUGCUCCUGGGUUAUUCCAUGUCCCAAAUUAUCUGGAGGUGUGAGAGUGAAGUCACAGAAUUGUUUUACUCACCUGAGAUGUGCAGUCAGUACAUUGAAGUUCAUAGUCCAUUGUUCUGUGGCUGCAAAGUAGAAAGAAGUUUAGUCCAGGAGAGAAACAACUCAGUCUCCAUGCACUGCAUUUUUACUAGAUAUGGUAUUUGAUGGCCAGGCAUAAAAGCUCCAGAUUGAUGUUACAAUGUAAGUGAGGCAUCAGUGCUUUCACACUAAAGAGAGGAUCAACUGUUGUUAAAAUGCAGCAUUCUGGAAAAAAAAAUAAA